GCGAUCGUCAGUGCGCAUGCGCGUCUUUCAGGAAGUGAUAACAGCUUUCACCAGCUGAUAGCUAGAUUGUCAACAUUGAAGACUGCUGGCUCUCGGUUGCCGAAACGAAACCAUUGACAAAGUUAAAGAAGUACAAGUUGAAGACCCAUUGAGGACGUUAACAAACCUUGAAACAAAAAAACACUUCCGAGACCCAUUCCAGAAGCUACCGUCCCCUCGCCCGCCCCAACCAGCAGGGAGAAGGCCCAAGCACCGUGCCGUCUCCCUUCUCCAUCACUAUGAGCUCCAGAGGCAGUGGAGGACGCACCAAUGGCACGCUACCGCAGACCAAGAUCUGCCAGUUCAAACUGGUUCUGCUGGGAGACAUGGCGGUGGGCAAGUCCAGUCUGGUGUUGCGCUUCGUCAAGGGACAGUUUGACGAGUUCCAGGAGACCACUAUAGGAGCUGCAUUCCUGGCCCAGUCCGUGUGUCUGGAUGACACCACGGUGAAGUUUGAGAUCUGGGACACGGCCGGGCAGGAGCGAUACCACAGCCUGGCUCCCAUGUACUACCGGGGAGCUCAGGCGGCCAUUGUUGUCUUUGACAUCACCAAGCCGGAGACGUUUGACCGAGCCAAGGCCUGGGUGAAGGAGCUGCAGAGACAAGCUAGCCCGAAUAUCGUUAUUGCCCUGGCAGGGAACAAGGCUGACCUAGCUGAGAAAAGACUAGUGGAGUAUGAGGAAGCCCAGACCUAUGCUGAAGACACUGGCUUACUCUUUAUGGAGACUUCUGCUAAGACGGCCAUGAACGUUAAUGAACUCUUCCUGGCCAUUGCUAAAAAGAUGCCAAAAACAGACACCCAGAACCCAACGCAUGCAGCACGGCACCGUGGAGUCAACCUCCAGGACCCAGAUGCUCACUCGAACCGGGCCUGCUGUGGUGGAAACUAGCUUUAGCUCUGACAACCCAACCAUCCAUCCAACCCCAAACAAACACACUCACACCUAGCCGCACCUCCCACAAUACCUGUCCCUCUCAAUCCCCUGAAACCCAGCUCACCUUCAACCAGCCUGCAAAACCGGCGAGGCCGGGGUGAAGUCCCAGCCUCCACUCAAGGCCCUGCCUUGCCACGCCCCUGUCCCUGCCCCGCCCUCCACCCUGCACCCUCGUUCUCCGGGCCACUCUUGCCGAUGGUCUGCAGAAUGGAAGAAGAGAGUUUGGAGACUUGGAGGCAGGGGGCAACUCCUUACUGCAUGCAGAGAUAGAAGAGAUGAAAAAGAAUAAAUUAAAAAGAGACGAUGAGAAGUCUUGAUGGAAGACUAUCCUAAAAAGGAGCAGGAGAUGUUGGUGUUGAAAGACGGUGGUGCAAGCUUAGUGUAGUACUUGGCACUAAUCUUGAAUGUUUUAUGUUCUCUGCCCUUGUCUGCAGUCACUGUCCCAUGUGUUUUUAAAGGGCCUACAUCCUCGAAAGAUGAAAUGAAACCCAACCGGCUGAUUGGGAGAUGAAUUUCCAGCCGGUUUUGGUUGAGUGAUUGUUUGAUUCUUUUUUUUCCGCUGCUCAUUUUCCUCUAAUUUAGCAACGCUUGGCCCUGUUAUCCUGCACCAUGCUCUCUUCCCUCCUCACUGUGUAGCACUUCAUACUGUGAAUAAUCCCCAAAUCCUACUCCAAACAAUCCUGUGUGGAUCUCUAUUAAGUCGUGUACAUGUGCAGUCCCAUAUCCAAGCAUACACUCCCAAUAAGUCAAAUAUUUAUUUAAUUUAUUUACCGAAUGUUCUUAGUGUUGGGGGGGGUUGAGGCUGAGAGACUGGUUAGCACUGGUCUCUCAGCCUCAUCUGCAACAGACACCAUAAAUCAAAACUCAAAAUAGCAUUAAUAUUACUGGAUACACACAUUCAAUUGGGUUUGUAUAACGAUACACUAGCCUGAAACUGAUACCCAUGUAAAACUAAAGCUCAUUGGCCAACACAUUUACCUGGCUAAAAUACCUUCAGUAGGUUUUUGAUUACAGAAUGGGCUAUACAUGAUCACAAAACCAGUCUUGUAGGAUGACGACGCUCAUUAAUCAUAUAUAUCCCACUGUCUAACCAUAAAGGGAAAUUUAAACAUGCCUCCUAUUAUCCUGCUUAUAAGAGGAUUUUUGUGUUCCUCAUCUUAACCAGCGUCAUAAGGAUCGUUCUUGGUAAAUAAUUGAACUAGAGAUCAUUGUUUUUUAUAUAUUUACUUUUUUGUGCUUGGUUUGCCUCCCAAGGCUUCUGGGAAGAAAGUUAUGAAAUGAAAACAGAAGUGCCUCGUCCCAAGUUUUCCUAAUUGUGAAACAUUUUUGGGGCUUCUCUCUGAGGCAUGUGUAUGUAGGGCUCAGUGUAAGGACACCAUCUCUCUGACAAUGGCUUGUAUUAUUAACCAAUACUUUGGCACAUUUUCAUUAGGCUAAUGGCUCUUUGUAUGGUUGUAAAAAGGUUUGUCAAAUACACUGUUCUGUUACCGUCUACUUUAAAUGAAGGUGUUUUUUGAUUUUACCAGAGCACAGGUAAACCAGAAAUAUAUCUUUUAUGGAUUUAAAUAAGGUAUAACAUUUAUUUCCACAAAUGUAAAAUUCUUGGAAAAGAUUAUUUGGCGAAAGCAUUUAGUUCUGCUGUCAUGCAUAUUAGAAAUUAAGAUGCGUUAGUUUUGUUCAAAAGACAGCAGUGUCCCUGACUAAUAUUUAAAGGUUUGGUUUGCAUUUCUUUCCCAGGACACUUGAAAAAUAGCUUCAUCAUGUAAAAAUGUUUAGGGAAAAGAUAUAGGACUGAGUAUUUCAUAAUCAUGAUUGCAAGCAAGUUCAGUAAUGAAUAAGUCAUGUGUAAGGAAGGUGACAUAAGUCAAAAUGGUUUUCCUAACCAUUUCAACAUCAGCAACCAAUGUUAAGUGUUGUUCAAUAAAGCAGUUUAUGGUGCCAUGAGCACAGAAUGCUG